AUGAUGGUGUUCUGUUCACUGCUCGAAUACGCCGCUGUUGGUUACAUAACUAAGCGGAUGAAAUUGAGAGAAAAGAAGAGAGAAUCGAGGGUGGUCGGUUUGUCACCAUCGGAACCGCCACCGUCGCGUACCGUGUCCGUACCGGCGUAUUUCAAUCGUGGAUACAGGCCAUUCUACUCCUCAACCGACACCAAUUCAAACCUCUACAUUCCAGAAAGUCAACGUGUACCUCUAACUCUGCAGGAAAUGGAUUGUCACUGCCCUUUGCCUCCACAAGAGGAACAGCGUUUGAGCCGCAUCUCUGCCGUUUCCUCUAUCGUGGCCUUGAAACCAGCACGGAGAACGUGGCCUUCUUGGAGCUGCCUUCGACCAUCCAACAUCGAUAAAAUUUCUAGAUGGAGUUUUCCCACAAUUUUUGUUUUGUUCAACGUUGGCUACUGGAGCUACUUCCUCAGGAUCAACGGCUACACAACUGCCGAUAUCGACUACUUUUGGGGUCGACAGAAGUCAGAUCUCCGCCAAGGAGCCGUAGCUUUCGACAAGUUCAUGCUGCCACAGUUCAAACAGACCGGUUACAAUGUGAACAUCACCAAGGCUGUGACGUCAUCAGGAGAGUACGUCCGGCUUUAUUUUGAAGUUCUUCUGGUCCGAAAUAUGGGUUUCUAUUCGAUGAAUAUUGUCAUUCCUUCCAUGCUCAUCGUUACUAUUUCUUGGGUAUCGUUCUGGUUAAAUCGCGAGGCAUCGCCAGCUCGUGUCGGCCUCGGAGUGACUACUGUGCUCACGAUGACCACCCUCAUCACCACCACCAAUAACUCUAUGCCAAAAGUCAGCUACAUCAAAGGAUUGGAUGUCUUUCUCAAUUUUUGUUUCGUUAUGGUUUUCGCUUCUUUGGUUGAAUAUGCGGUAGUUUCCUACAUGAAUAAACGGAUAGCACUUCGACGGGAGAAACGUCGACGACAAGCUGAGCAACAACAACGAACCGAAGUCCCCAUGUUCAGCAAUACGUUGUCACCGAAGCAACCGAAUAAUAAUAUGUACGAGAUGUCUCUGAUCUCACAGAACUCAACACCGGCGAAGAGCUUUGCACAGCAUACCGAUUUGUACUUUGGACCCCGGAAUUCUUCAAUGCAUCAACUUAUGGAGAUUCCUGUGGACUGUGAUUGUCGGACAAUUCCCUUAAUCCAACAUCCUCGGCUUGUCGCCGAUGGAGCCCAUACUAUGUGGCCAGCGCCAUUUGGAAAACCUAAGAAAGCCUCAAAAACGUGCCGAAAUGUUACUCCAGCCAAAAUUGACAAGUGUAGUCGCUACAUUUUUCCACUGCUUUUUUCCGGAUUUAACGUCGUCUACUGGACGAUUAUGACGGUGUUGAGUUCGAUGUCGGAGAACCUCAGCAAAGAUGAGUGGAUUCCGAUUCCAACUGAGGACUAA